AUGAAUCUAGACCAAAAAGCCGUCAAAUUGAAACCGGAAAUCAAUACCAACGAAAAUGUGGUACACAACUUAUCGUCGAAGAAGUUAAACGAAACGGAACUCAGAGUGUUGAGCCACGAAGCCAAUUUUAACACUGCUGAUGCCACCCCAGCCGACUUCAUUGCCGCACUUGAGGCCAUGUUAGUACGAACUAACGCAAGCGAAGAGGCUAAACACACGGUGCGCCAAAAUGUUACCUCUCUCCUGAUGACGAACAGGCACGCUAGCAAUAUGUCAUCCGCAGAAAUAGAAGCAAUGAAGAGAUUAAAAAUGAACAAAGAUAUUAUAGUGCUACCGGCCGACAAAGGAAGAGCAACAGUUGUGAUGAACCGCGUUGAUUACAACGAGAAGGCACAAGCUCUCCUGGGCGACCAACAAUCCUACAGGUCCGCACCCGCCUCGCAGGCCAAAUCGAUGAUUGGCCAGCUGACUGGACUCUUAAGCCGACUCCGGCGCAACAAUGUAAUCUCGCUGUACGAAUGGCGCCAGACAAAACCAACCGACACGACGUUGGCCAGAUUCUAUGUACUACCAAAAAUCCACAAACCCAACGUUCCUCUGCGGCCAAUCGUUGCCCUAAAAGGCAGCCCCAUAUACCAUUUAGCCAUAUGGAUGGCACGAAAGCUCAAUUUUCUCCGAGAGGGCUCUGUGACGUCCGUCAAUUCGGCCUCCAGAUUCCUUGCCGACAUUCAAGGAAAAACUAUUCGACCCGACCAAAUCAUGGUAUCCUUCGACGUUGUCUCACUUUUCACGUCCAUCCCACCAGACUUGGCGCGCGACGUGCUACGCAAACGUUUUGAGGAAACGUACGACGAAACGACAGGGCCGCUAAAGAUCCAGAACCUAAUGCAGCUCUUUUCAUUCUGUCAACGAACCUUUUUCACCUUCGAUGGCAGAACAUACGAACAAAUCAAAGGAACACCCAUGGGUCCUCCAAUAUCCAGCCUAGUUGCGGAAUUGGGCCUACAAGAGCUGGAAAAGGUUGCUUUUAGCCAUUACAAACCUACGUUUAGCCGCCGAUACGUGGACGAUACAUUCGUCAUUAUUGAAAAGAACAAGCUAUCGGGUUUUCAAGACUUACUCAACAACAUAUUUUCCGACAUUCAGUUUCCAAGGGAAGACGAGGAGGACGAGAAACUACCCUUCCUGGACGUGCUCGUCACGCGCACACCUGACGGUGAACUCAGCAGUACAGGGUACAGAAAGGCGACCAAUACAACCCAUGUACUCAAAUAUCAUAGCAACCACCCAUUCGUGCACAAACGGGGCUGUGUGAGGGUGUUUUUCGACCGUGUAAAUAGGCAAUGUAGCGAGCCCGAAGGAAGGAUGCAAGAAUUACGGCAUAUCCGGGACUAAUUAAGAAAGAACGGCUACCCAAAUAGUUUUAUCAGUCGCUGCAUACGCGCGCACCCACGCCGGACAAACGAAAGAGAGACCAACAAUUUGGCACUCCCUACCGUACAUAAAGAAUGUGUCCGAGGCUACGGAACGCAUCGCGUCAGAGCUAGGCGUGGGCAUCUCUCAUUAUCCGGCGGCCACCAUGCGUAGCACGAUCAUGAAAAUGAAGGAUCGGCUGGACGCAAGUCAACAAUCGGGCGUAGUCUAUCGAAUCCCGUGCCAAAACUGUCCUUGCCACUACAAAGGCCAGACAGGACGACGUCUCAGCUCGCGAAUACUUAAGCACAAACGGGCCGUUCAGAGAGGCGACCCACUAUCUGAAGUAGCCACUCACACGCUGGAGGAAGGGCAUGAGUUCGACUUCGCCAACACGCGGAUAUUGGCGCGAGCCGGCAACAAGACAGGGCGAGAGCUGUUGGAGGCGUGGGUGUCGGACACCAACUCAAUCAACAGACACAUCGAUUUGCCCACGCAGCCAGGUGGCACAACUUACACCGUCGCGAAAUACAAACGGCGUCACCACGCCGGGGGAACAUCGUGGACCAGGCGGCACAAACCCUACCUAGCCACGGACGUACUCCCCCUCCCCCCCCCGCAAGGAUGAACGACAUAAAUGUUCACCAUUUGCUACACUCAGGUAGUCUCUGAUUAUGAACUCUAGUUCGAGUUCGAAAGCUCAGGCAAAUAAACCUAUUGUCCCAGUGAUCGUGCCUUCGCUUUCUUUUAAACAAGAACCUGGGAUGCGCAUAUUCUCCUUCAUCCGUGGACUCCAUAAUAUUUUGCAAUAGAUGCGGCUAUGUUGUGCAUUUCAUGAUAAGCAGUGGUCAACGGACAGGUUCGGUUCUAUAUGAAUGGGCAUUACGCAGUAUUAUAAAAUCUCAUAAUUAGAAACUUUUUAAAAGUCUCAUUAUAUUACGUCUCUGAGUAUAAAUUAUAAAGAAGACGUGAUUCUAUAUCGAAAAAUUGUAAGAAAGCAUAUUUUUGACCAUGGUUUUUAUAAAAUAUAUUUUUUACUUGUAAGACCAUCGAGAAUAAAUUGGAAAAGUGCUUGCUCCUUAAGUAGUCACUUUUCCCCGACUACGGUUCCUACAGGGAUUAAGACCUAGUGCACUCAAAAGCUAACAACCUGACCAGUCCUAAAUAUUAUAGGAUUAUGCCGCAUGACAAUCAGUAUUACAACCGCGCCUAAGUAAUCCUGCUAAUUGAGAACGCAUUUCAUAAUUUCAGUCAACAUUUCACAAGACCGGUCGUUAACAGUAAAAACAGAUUUCCACACUUAGCAGCUGCCACACACUUGAUUUUUGUGUAAUCUGACGACUCUACAACCCACCUCAAGCCUGGGCUCACUGCCGUAAGACAGGAUUGUCGGGACGCAACAGUCUGUUAGGGUAACUUUCCGUUCUCCACAUGAGAAAAGAACCAAAUUGCAAUAAUUUUUAUAUGCCUUUUAUAUAACUAUAUUGUGGAGUGUAUUCAGACGACUUAUUUCGCCGUCACUAUCCCACCGACCUCUUUUGUGCAUUAAGUGCGAUAUUAGGCAAUAUUCCUCAACUCUAAAACCCUAUGAUAUUAAUUACUCAUGCCAUCUAUGCCCUUCUGUGGGUAGUAUUCAAGUUUUCAUUUGCCCCCGGGGUUCAGUGAGUAUAAAAACAGGCUAAAGUGGUUGGCGAUUCUGAGUCCAUGCGUAACCAUGAGGGAGGUCAAUUUCGCGCUUCUCGGGGACUCAAUGCUAGGAGGCUGGGAGCUUCAGUGGGGCGUCCAAAGGCUUAACCCGACGGCCAACUGCUGACCAGAAGUCGCGCGCGUUUAGUGCUACCAGUUCAACACUUCAUCAGGCACGUGUCAACCGUCGUCGUACCGUACUAUGCGAGGGACACCGCCUUAGGACAAAACAGCUUUUCUUUUUUGCCAAAGGCGAUGCAAACUGUCGUGAGUAGAAGUCUAGAUACGCUAGCUUUAAAGUGUGACAAUUCAGGUGCGACAGUCAGAAGCAAUCGACGCUUGACCCAACACAUCCUGUGAAGUUAUCAAUACGUAGGAAUUAAUCGAAUAAAUGCCGUUUUCCGUGUUCUCUGCGGACCAAUAAGUUUAACUCGAUUUAUGGUCAGCUUCUAAUGCCUGAUUCCGGCCAAGCAGGUCGUUUGUUUUCAAGAACAACUUGUGGCAUUUCGAUGUAAGUAUUUUUGUCUGUCUGCGAUCGCAAGGACCGUAAAUAGCAAAUAAGCUGUAACCUGAGCUGCAUUUUUGCAGCCUAACUAGACAGAAAUAUGAGGAGAUCAAAUUUUCCACAACCCCGCCCCACAGUCAGCGACGGCAGUUAGUAAUUUGGGGAGGAGGGAGCAGAGUCCUUGACAGGACUUCCAGAGGGUGGCACGUUGAGGGGCGCUUAAUUCCGGCCCUGAGCGAUUUAGCGUUCCUACUGGUCGGUAGUAUCAAAUGACAAAAAGUGUUCUUUGGACGAUCAUUCAUGUCGCAAGGAAAGCAUAUGCUACUAAUAUGAAAGGUGUGCAUUCGCCCCAAGGUGUCUACAGCUUACUGAGCAGUAAAAAAGUACUGACGUUGUAUGCCCGGAGGCGAUAAAUUAGCUGCAAAUGAGAAAUCAGAACGAGGUUUUGUUGACUUUUUUAGGGGACAUUACAAACACUAUAUUUAAGCAUUAAAAUGUAGGCCGAUGUCUUGGGACUCACAUAAACAAGCAUAAGUUGGCCCUCUGCCAACGUGACCCUCUGUCUCUCGUGUUUGCGCACGCUCUUGAGUAAGAGCACCGCUUCAAUUGGGAAGGUACUGGCAAACGCAAGGACUUCACAAAGCUUGGCAUUCUUGGUUUUCUUUCGCCCCCACUAACUUGUUCCCACGCCUUAACAACCGUCAAUCCCUACUCGGCCACGUAGAAUGUGGUUGUCUCCCCACUUCCACCCCCUUACUACACGGUGAACAACAAUCGGAAUUCCUAACACCUCCAACGCCGGCGAUCUGCCCCCUGACCUCAUCUCCCAUCGAUGAUCAGCCGACCUCAUUCCCACUGAUCCGCAAAGCCUCCGCUCCGCCUCCUCCUCCACCUCCAGCACAGUGA